UCGCGAGAUCUGGUGGAAGUUGUUUAGCGGCCGUGACGUCACGAGACGCCAUCUUGUUUGCGAUUCCUGUACGUGCAGCGAAGACGAACAAGGAAAUUUCCUUCCAUUUGGAAGAAAGAAUUGCGUGAAAAGUGCAAAGCAAUAUGUCUGACAGUGAGAAAGACAGCAAAAGCAGCAGUGAUAGCGACAGUGACAGUGGAAGCGAGAGCGGGAGUGAGAGUUCAGGAAGCAGCGACUCCGGCUCCGAACGUGGGACUCGCAUCCGUAGUUCUGUCGUAGUACACAAGCAGAGAAGGAGUGAUGAUGAUGAUGAUGUAGGAAAGGCAGGGGAUGGGGAUGCCCAACGUUCUCCUAGCGAAUCUCCCCCAAGACGGCAGCGAUCGCCAAGCGAAUCACCUCAAAGACGCCAGCGCUCCCCAUCCGGAUCACCCCCAAAGCGCACACGCGAUAGAUCUCCAAAGGAUUCCCGCCACAGACAGAAACGAGCGACAAGCGAGUCCCCGCAAAGACGGGAUGACUCAUCGCGAUCACCAGUCAAACGUCAGCGAUCUCCCAGCGAGUCACCACCACGACGUCAGCGUUCGUCAUCGCCAGAAGCUCGUGACAGGAGAACGUCUCGGUCCCGAUCACCCGCCAGGAGAGAGAGAUCCCCUGCUCGUAGGGACAGGUCUCCCGUAGCGAGGGGGAGAGGACGGGGUGGCUAUGAGAACGACAGAAGGAGGGAGAGGGACAGGGAGAGAGACUGGGACAGACCUCCCAGGCAUGAUGACAGGCGCUACAGACGAUCUCCAAACCAGCGCGACAGAUACGGGAACCGACGGGGGGACCGUGAAGGAGACAGAGGAAGGGAUCGUUACUCGGACAGGGAGAGGGACCGUAACUAUGGGAGAGAGCGCGAUCGUAGCGCUGAAAGAGACAGAGAUGGUGGUAGAGAAAGGACUCGCACCUCUGACAGAGAUGGCAGAAAUACCAACAGUGAUGAACGAAGAUCUCGUGAUGAUGAUCCAUCACAAAAUGCAGAGAGUAAUGCCACAUCAGACAAGCAGACAGAGGAGCCUCCAGCAAAGAGAGUUCGUAAAGCAGACACGACACUCGCCACGAGGACCGGAGGAGCGUACAUUCCACCCGCCAAGCUGCGAAUGAUGCAGGAGGCCAUCACAGACAAGACCAGUGCGGAGUACCAGCGGAUGAGUUGGGAGGCGCUGAAGAAGAGUAUCAACGGUCUGAUUAACAAGGCCAACGUCUCCAACCUGAAGAACAUCGUCAUGGAACUGUUUCAGGAGAACAUCGUCAGAGGGAGAGGCCUGUUGGCACGGUCCAUCAUCCAGGCGCAGGCAGCGUCCCCCACCUUCACACACGUGUACGCCGCGCUGGUCUCCAUCAUCAACACCAAGUUCCCGCAGAACGGCGAGCUCAUCCUCCGCAGGCUCACCAUGCAGUUCAAACGGGGGUACAAGAGGAACGACAAGAAUAUCUGUCUGACUGCAACAAAGUUUAUAGCUCACCUGGUCAACCAGCAAGUGGCCCAUGAGUUGUUAGCCCUGGAGAUCCUGACCCUCCUGUUGGAGAACCCUACAGAUGACAGUGUGGAAGUGGCUGUUGGGUUCCUCAAGGACUCUGGGCUGAAACUCACCGAAGUUUCCCCAAGAGGCAUCCACGCUAUCUUUGAGCGACUGCGUAGCAUCCUACACGAGGCUCAGAUCGACAAGCGCGUACAGUACAUGAUCGAGGUGAUGUUCGCCGUGCGGAAGGACAACUUCCAGAACUUCCCGUCCAUCUCGGAGGGGCUGGACAUGGUAGAUGAAGAGGACCAGAUCACCCAUCUCAUCUCACUGGACGAUGAACUCAAGACUGAAGACAUCCUCAAUGUCUUCAAGGUGGAUCCUGAGUUCCAACAGAAUGAAGACAAGUACAAGCUCAUCAAGAAAGAAAUCCUGGAUGAGUCAGAUGAGUCUGGCUCCAGUAGUGGUGAGGAGGGGAGCGACAGUGAUGAGGAUGAGGACGACUCGGAUGAUGAGGAGGCUGAAGAGACUAAGAUGCAGAUUGAAGACAUGACAGAGACCAACCUGGUGGCACUCCGCAGAACCAUCUACCUGACUGUCCAGUCAAGCUUGGAUUUUGAAGAGUGUGCUCACAAGAUGAUGAAAAUGGACAUCAAACCUGGACAAGAGUACGAGUUCUGCCACAUGAUUGUGGACUGUUGUUCCCAGCAGCGCUCCUAUGAGAAGUUCUUCGGCCUUCUUGGUCAGCGUUUCUGCCAGCUGAAGAAAGAGUUUGUUGCGGAAUACGAGAAAAUAUUUGUAGAGCAGUACACAACCUGCCACCGCCUGGAGACCAACAAGCUCCGCAACGUCGCCAAGUUCUUCGGCCACCUGCUCUACACGGAUGCUAUCCCCUGGACUGUUCUUGAGUGUAUCCACCUUAAUGAGGAGGAGACGACGUCUUCAAGUCGUAUCUUCAUCAAGAUCCUGUUCCAGGAGCUGUCGGAGUACAUGGGUCUUCAGAAACUCAAUGCUCGCUUCAAGGACCAGUUCUAUGCCCCGUACUUCGAAGGCCUGUUCCCGAGAGACAACCCUCGUAACACACGUUUCUCCAUCAAUUUCUUCACAUCCAUUGGUCUGGGAGGCCUCACUGACGAGCUGCGUGAACACCUGAAGAACGCGCCCAAGCUCAUCAUGCAGCAGACGCAGGAGGUGGAGUCUUCGGACUCUUCCAGUUCGGACAGUGACAGCGAUAGCGACAGCGACAGUUCAUCCGACAGCAGCAGUGGAAGCAGCAGUAGCAGUGACUCAGGGAGCUCUUCUGAUUCCGAUUCGGAAGACGACAAAAAGAAGAAGAAGAAGAAAGGCAAAGACAAAAGGGAGGUGGCAAGAGAAGACAAGAACAAGAGGAAGAAAAGAAAGGAUACCCCAAGUCCUGAUAGUGAUAGGAACAGAGAGUCUCCCAAAGCCGUGCAGACAAGAGAAAGUCCGCCUAGAAAUGAUCGUUAUGAACGCAAUGAUCGCAGCGAAAGGGGGAGAGAUGAGGAACGUGACUAUAGGUGGAGGGAACAGUAUCCCGAACGUGACUUUGUGAGGAGACGGGACCAACCGUAUUAUGAUUAUGAUGCGCCAGACGAGAGGGAGGAAGAGAGAUAUGAACCAAGAGAUCAUCGAGGGAGGGAUGUGGUUAAGUACAGGGAGGAGGACCAGAGGGCCUGGAGAGAAGAUGGAGAGAGAGAAGACAGAAGGAGAGAACAGCGGAGAGGAAGAGGGGACGAGUGGGAGGGGGAGCAGAGUAACAGGAACAGAGACUAUGAUCGAGGGAGGGAGAGAGAGUGGGGCGACAGAAGUAGGGAAAGGGGCAGGGAGGAAAGAACAGAACGAGGUGGGAGGGAGAGAAGAGAUGAGAGGGACCAGGAGGACAACAGGGACUGGGGGAGGGGGGAGGAUAGAAGAAUGGAAGACAGCAGGAGGGAGAGAUAUGAGGAACGAGGGGGGAGGAGAAGUGAUGAAGAGAGAAAUGAAUACCCUCGAGAGGGGAGUAGGAGAAGGGUGGAGGAAAGGGAGGAUUAUUACGACUCCUAUGAUAGAGAGAGGGGGAGAGAGGAUGGACGAACAAGCUCUAGAAAGGCCAGAGAGGAGGAAGAAACGGAGACAUACGAAAGGGAGAGAGGGAGAAAUGAGGAGGAAAGAGGGAGGGACUAUAGAGACAGAGGAGAGGACAAGGAAAACCGGCGUGCACGGAGCUCCAAGUCGCCCGAACCCAGACGCAACAAACGGAAGUACGAGGAUCAGUACGCCGAUAAAUACAGCGAACGGGACAGAGGGAGGAGCGACAGAAGGAGAGAAGUGGAUAGGGAGGAGUAUGACAGGAGGGAGGUGGAUAGGGAUGAAUAUGAUUCCAGGCGCAGAAGAUAAAACACAGUUUAGUUUUUACAUCCAAGGCUCAAUUUUCUGAGCUGCUUCCUCUUACAACAUAUAUUAACCAAAAAUAUGACGAAUACAGUCCAAACUGUGCAAGAAGACCACUCGGGUGUAUGUGGACAGAUGGUCACCAUGAACAGGAUUCUUAUUUCUUGUGUCAAUGGGAAAAAUUAUCCAUGGAACCACCAAAAAGUCAUAUUGGCCAGGUGAUCCUUAUGUAGACGUGGUUCACUUGUACAGUUUUCACUCUACUUCCAUAAGUGAUGCUAAGCAAAAGAUGUGUUGCUCACAUUUAUUUUGUGAAAAAUCAAUGUUCACAGUACAAUUUGAAUGGACUACCCAGUCAUGCUGCACGUAUUGAGUAGUGGACCAUGGUUUGACUCCACUGUACCAAAGGAAAAGGUGAUAAUUGCACAUAGAAUCAUACUUUCUUGAUUACUGACUGAUUACGGUAAAGUUUAGGUUUUUAAGUCCAUACUAAACUACUGUAAAUUAUGAAAUGUUCUGGGUGGUACUGUUGUCUUGGUUUCAGUGGUAACUACUGCAAAUUCAAGACACAACGAAUAUGCAUUUCCAAUGUAUCAUAUUACUACAAGUGUAAUACAGAGCUAAAAACAUGGCAAAAACCAUGUAUCCCCUUGUAUGGCAAAAAUAAAUCCCAGAAAAAACAUGGAUCUAUGUAAGGAUUGGUUUGGGUUUGUUAUAGUGGCUUGGAUGAAAAAGAUUGUCAUCUUCCAUUGUCAAAGUGAAUGUAUAAGUUAUUUUUAUUGGGAAAAGACCAUCUACAGUACCCAUUGUAAGCACUCUGGUUACGUACUUAUGUAUGAGAAAACAGAACAGACCUAAAGUUUGACAGUUUGUGCUAACACGAGGUCUACCUCCUUGCAAAUCCUGCUGCACAUCACUCUGUAUUGCUUGGUCAAUUAUAGUGUGUAGAAUAUGUCCAUAAGUACUUAGUAUUAGUGCAGUUUUGUAUGCCUAGGAUUAUUUUACCUAGUUUAAGUGGUGAUGGGGCUGAGAGGAUAGGCCCAACCUGAUGUAUUUUGCUCAGAAGCACUUACAUGUAUCUACAAUGUAUAUACAAAAGGAAUGAAAAAUUGAGGACCUUUGAGCUGGUGAAUACCUUGUGCAGAUAUUGUUUCUUGUCCUCAGCUAUGUUAUCAUUCAUGUCUUGCUCAUACAAUGUGUUCCUUUUUUUUCAUUGCUAUCUUGCCUGGUUUUGUAACAGUUUUCACCCAUGCAUGUACCUGCUGUUAGUCUCCUCCACCCACUAACAUGAAAUGGUCUAUUCCCAGCAGACAUGAGUGAUUGGUGUAAUCCUAGGGCAGUGAAGUUUACUUUUGUCAUUAAAGGACACAGAUUAGCUGUCACAA